AUGAAGCUCUCCUCUUUCCUCGUCAUCGCCGGGCUCCUGGCUACAUCCACCGUCGCCUUCCCUGCGCAAGAUGUCAAGUCGCUUGCAACCCCUGUUCCUGGCACGAAUGACACACCGUCACGCGGUGCGGCACGCCACCCACGCAAGCAGCUGCCGAACGAUUGCAACGAGUACGGGACGCGCCUGAAAGACGGAACAUUGGCCCGCAACCCCGAGAAAUGCGAAUACCUGAAGCGCAAGAACAAAGAGAAGCAGAGUGCGUCCAAGGCCAAGCCCUCCAAGUCCAGCGGGGCAGCAGCAGCUAAGCCCGCCAAGUCGGCCAGCGGGAAGCCCGUCACGUCCAGCGCGAAGCCCACCAAGUCCAGCGAGAAGCCCGCCAAGUUUAGCGCGAAGCCCACCAAGUCCAGCGGGAAGCCCGUCGAGUCGUCUAGCGCGGCGCCCCAGCAAAGCACAACGGCUUGA